AUGGCACCGCACGACGGCCUCUCGGUCGAUGCACUGGUCAAUGGCUCAAAAACUCCGCCAGGAGCAGAAUUGCCAACGGGUGAUCAGCCAGAGCGGCCAGACUACCUGCGAUUGAUUCUCACUUCUCGUGUCUACGACAUCAUCAAGGAGACGCCAUUGACGGUCGCCUCGAAUCUAUCAGCGAAGCUGAGCGCCAAUGUCCUUCUCAAGCGCGAAGACCUGCAACCCGUCUUUAGCUUCAAAAUUCGCGGAGCCUACAAUAAAAUGGCGCAUCUCGUUGAGGAAGAGCGCUGGAGAGGGGUGGUUGCCGUCUCUGCAGGGAAUCACGCACAGGGUGUGGCCUACUCUGCUCGGCAUCUUGGCAUCCCUGCAACGAUCGUUAUGCCUCUUGCUGCGCCGGCCAUCAAGCAUGAAGCCGUCUCACGCAUGGGUGCAACAGUCGUGCUCAAAGGACAAAACUUUGAUGAAGCCAAGAUAGAAGGGGCUAAAAUUGCCAAGAAGCAUAAUCUCGUGGAUGUGCAUCCGUACGACGACCCCUAUGUCAUUGCUGGCCAAGGCACUGUCGCCAUGGAGAUUCUGCGGCAAACGAGCGUUCAAAAUCUCAAGGCAAUUUUUGUCUGCGUGGGUGGCGGUGGCCUUAUUGCUGGCAUUGCAGCCUAUGUCAAGCGCAUUGCACCGCACAUCAAAAUUAUCGGUGUGGAAACGUACGAUGCAGAUGCACUCAAACAGUCACUGGAUGAAAGGGAGCGCGUCACGUUGAAGGACGUUGGGCUCUUCGCUGAUGGCACGGCUGUCAAAAUUGUCGGCGAGGAGACAUUUAGGCUAUGCCAGGAGUUUGUUGAUGAAAUUGUGCUCGUCUCGACUGAUGAGCUGUGUGCUGCCAUCAAGGACGUGUUUGAGGACACGCGCGGUAUCGUCGAGCCUUCUGGCGCGCUUGGCGUUGCUGGUCUGAAGAAGUACCUCAAGACGCAUCCGCCAACUUCUACAAGUGAUACUUAUUGCGCUACACUCUCCGGCGCCAACAUGAAUUUCGACCGGCUCCGUUUCGUCGCCGAGCGUGCAGAGUUGGGUCUAGGCAAGGAGGUUUUCUUCUCUGUUGUGUUGCCAGAAGUCUCUGGCGUGUUUAUGAAGCUCGUGGCCGUGAUUCUGCCGCGUGCAGUGACAGAGUUUUCCUAUCGCUACUCGAAUGGUGUGCGUGCCGACAUUUACCUCUCCUUCAAAGUGCAGGACCGAGCAGAAGUACCACAGCUGCUCGAUGCAAUUCGCGCAGAAGGCUUUGGCGCUGAAGAUAUCAGUGACAAUGAAAUGGCCAAGUCUCAUGGUCGAUACAUGAUUGGUGGUCGUUCAAAAGUGCCAGACGAGCGCGUCUACCGUUUCGAGUUUCCUGAACGCCCUGGGGCAUUGACCAAGUUUUUGCAAGGCAUGAAAAGCGGCUGGAACAUUUCCCUCUUUCAUUACCGCAACAAUGGCGCGGAUGUCUCGAGUAUCCUUUCUGCUAUUCAGGUUCCCGAUGCAGACUUGGCUCAAUUUCAGGUGUACUUGGAUUCGCUUGGCUAUCCCUACGUGGACGAAACUCAGAAUCCAGUCUACAUCAAAUUCAUGCGUGGCUGA